AUGGCAUCGUCCUCGGCGAAAAAAAACUGUCGCAAAUUCACUCUGAGGGAGAUCAGAUAUCCCAUCAAGGAUGCCAUUAAGAAAGAUGAAACGCUAGGAACAGGAGGUUUUAGUAAAGUUUAUAAAGGUUAUAUCCAACAAGACAAAAGGAAAGUAGCUGUGGCUGUGAAGUGGCUUAAACAAACUUCCGAUGAAAGGGGGUCGGGAUUUGAUGAGGAGAUCGCUGCACUAACACAGAUCAAGCACCGCAACAUCGUGUCUCUUAUUGGCUACUGUGAUUCUAAGGGAGAGGAGAUUCUUGUGUAUGAAUACAUAGCCAAUUUUACACUACACUAUCACCUCCACGAAAGGCCAAAAACUGACGGCAAUAGACCUCUCAAGUGGAAUGAACGACUUGGAAUAUUAAUUGGAGCUGCUCGGGGUUUGUAUCAUCUUCACUACUGCAUCCCCAGCGGCUCAUUUAUUCAUCGCGACAUCAAGAGUUCGAAUAUCCUUCUUGACGAUAAUUUGGUGGCUAAAAUUGGAGAUUUUGGCAUGGCCAAAUGCGUAGCCUUGGAUGAUCAUGAUCCACUUGACAAUGAGCGUGUAGGCACGUUUGGGUAUUUGGAUCCAUACAGUAGGAUAAAUACAAGGGCAAGUGACACCUAUUCGUUUGGGAUUAUGGUAUUUGAGGUAUUGAGUGGAAGACGGGUAGUUGAUGAUAGUCGUCUACAGGAAGAACGCGACUUUGCCACUUGGGCUAAAAGGACGGAAGCUGACAAUAUAUUAGACCCAGUUCUCCAUGAGAAGAACGUCGUGGAAGGUAGACGAGAGGCUCUCCACAUAUGCUGUGAUGUCGCAAGAAGAUGCUUGGGUUCUGAACCAGAGGAACGGCCUGAUAUGGGUCAAGUUUUGGGCCAACUUGAGUUAGCUCUAGUCACAUCCCAAAAUAAUUCAACGCGGCCACAAGUUGAUGGCCUUCUCUUGUCACCAUUUGCAUUGGACAAUACGGAUGUUGUUGUAGGAUCAACAGGAAGUGUCGUUUACACGGCAGUCAUCCGCACUUCUGGAAUGAGAGUGGCUGUUAAAAGCUACAAGUGCAAGGGUUCAGAACAAGCCUUUCGAGAAAAGGUUGAGAAAUUGUCUAGCCUCAAUCAUAAAAACGUGGUGAAGUUAUAUCAUUUUUGGAUAGCUGAAUAUUCGGAAUUCUACAUGUAUGAACUGGCUUUAAGGAAGUCUAUGCAUCACUGUCUGCAUGAAUUGACGUGGGCGCAAAGAUAUCAAGUUGCUGUUGACAUUGCAAAAGGGCUGUGCUACAUUCAUGAUGAGAAGGACUUGAUUCACCGCAACGUCAAGUCUAGCAACGUGCUGAUAUUUGAAGAUGGAACCGCGAUCUUCUUAUAUCAAAGCCCUGUAGCUGUAAUGGUAGCUUUCCACUUCCUCUGCCUCUUCGCGGCAGAAGGGAGCCGUGCAAGCUCUUUCAUCCCCCUGAGUACAUUUUCACAGGAUGGUGAUACUUUGCGUGGUGAUAUAUACAACUAUGGUGUAGUUCUUCUUGAACUAUUGACUGGUAAGAAACUAGAAGAUCCCACAUUGACAAGUGGAACUAACCUUGUGAGUUGGGCAAUACCAUUGCUGACGAUUGAGGAAAAAGAUGAUCUUAAGAGUUUUGGGGGAAUAUUACUGAAGAAUGCACAAACAGAAACACCACCACCAAUCAAUGAGGAAGGGCUGAAAAGGAUUGUCGAUGGUGGACCUAAGGAGGACUACUCGAGAGUGAAAAAGAUUGCUGAAGUUGUUAUAUGGUGUGUUGAAAACCAACCCUCUGCCCGGCCAAGCAUGGACAAGGUUUUGAAGUACCUUGAUACGUGCACUGCCCCAGAGUCUGAACAUCCAAGCGAGACCACCAACAAAAAACGUUCGAGCAUGGGUGGUGUAUACAAGCAACCGAGGAAGGUGGUCACCUUCCCAGCACGAGAAAUGUUAAUGGUGACCAGAGUUGUCAACUGGGUCAGGCUAUCCUGGUCCAUCAAUGAAAUGAAGUGGACCUAA